ACCUCGACCGCAAUCCAGAAAUCUUUCUCGACACAAAACCCUCCACCUUCAACCACCAAACCUCCCCUCCCCUCCGCUGCCCAAGAUGAAACGCAAACGCAGCGCCCUCGAAAAAGUCGACGCCGACCUGCCCAACCUGCAACACAAAAUCCGCUCCGACCCGCCCUCCUACGAAAACGAAUUCCUCAACCAACACGCGCAGUACGCCUCGCUGCUCGAGCUCUUCCUCCAAUCCCCCACCACCACCGACGACACGGGCAUCGUGCGCCUGCGCGACCUCAUCGACUUCGUGAGCCAUGUGGCAGACUGCUACCGCGCCACCACGGCCGGGUUCGCGGGCGAUUUGACGGCGUUGUUGCAGCGGCAUCACGAGACGCUGGAGGCCGAGCUGCGCGACAAGAUUGUGGGGAGUUUAGUGCUGUUGCGCCGGAAGGAGAUUAUCGAUUCACAUGCUUUGCUUCAGACGCUGUGGCCAUUGCUCGUGUCGACGCAUUCGAAGGCGCUGCGCGAGUUGCUUUUCACGAAGAUUUUGUCGGAUUUGCGGACGGCGAACGCCAAGACGACGAAUCAUAAGUUGAACCGCGAGAUGCAGACUACGUGCUUUAAUCUUGUUUCGGGGGAUCCGGCGUCGUCGAAGGGCUUGUGGGCGGUCAAGUUGACGAGGGAGCUGUGGAAGAGGCAGGUCUGGACGGAUGCCAAGGCUGUGAGUGUUAUGGAGGCUGCGGCACUGAGUCAGGAUGCGAAGGUUGUGACGGGUGGUGUUCGCUUUUUCCUUGGUGGGGACCAAGAGCGGGAGGAAGCGGCGGAUGAGGACAGUGAUGAGGAGGAUGGGCUGGACAUGCGCCAGCUCCGCCAUCAGGCUGGAAUCAACAAGAAGACGGCCAAGCGGGAUCGUGAGCUGAAGGCCGCAGCGGCAAAAGUCAAGAGGAAAGAGAAGAAGAAAAAGGCGCCGCAUCCGCUCAACUUCUCCGCGCUCCAUCUCCUGCACGACCCGCAGACAUUCGCGGAGAAGCUGUUCCAGCUGCACCUGCAACCCGCGCAACCAAAAGUCAAACUCAACCUCGAGCAGAAGCUGCUCGUCUUGCAGCUGGUCAGCAGACUCGUGGGUCUGCAUAAGCUCACACUACUCCCGCUGUACAGCUACUUUAUCAAAUUCCUGAGCCCUCGACAGCCCAGCGUGACCUCCUUUCUGGCCUCGCUGGCGCAAGGCACACACAACUUGGUUCCUCCUGAUGUACUGGAGCCGCUGGUGCAGAAGAUUGCGAAUGAGUUUGUCAGCGAGGCAGCGGCAGCUGAGGUGGCGAGCGCGGGCUUGAACGCCAUCCGAGAAAUGUGCGCUCGGCAGCCGCUGGCUAUGAGCGAGACUUUGCUCCAGGACCUCGUGCAGUAUCGCAAGUCGAAAGAUAAGGGUGUGCAGAUGGCGGCGCGCGGUCUACUGUCUCUGUAUCGUGAGGUUGGAGCGGGCAUGCUGAGGAAACGAGAUCGCGGUCGGGAUUCUACGCUGAAGCUCCGCUCGGGGGAUAUGGAGGCGCAUAGGCGCUUUGGCUUUGUGGAGGAUGGUGGAAUUGAAGGGUUGGAAUUGUUGGAGAAGUGGAAGGAGGAGCAGGGUGUCGAGGAUGAAGAGGAGGAUGAGGCCAAGGGAUGGGAGAAUUGGGACGCGCAGAGCGAUAGUAGUGAGUCCAGUGGCGGAUGGGUCAACGUCGAGAGUGAUGGCGAGGAUAUCGAUGUCUCGGAUUCGGAAGAGGAGAGGGAGAAAGCAGCCGCGGCGAAGAAGCAAAAAGCGAAGACGGAAGAGGUCAAAGACUCCGACAAAGAGAACGUCGCCGCCACAGCACCCCAAGACGACAACACCGACGCCAAAACCCCCGACCCAUCGCGCAACACCGCCUCCCUCGAACCCGAAGCAGCCCUGAAACGCGAAGAAGCGCGCAUCUCCAAGCUCGCCACCACCCGCAUCCUCACCCCCGCCGACCUCGCUAAACUGCACGAACUCCGCACAGCAGCAGCAGUAACCUCCGCCCUCCCCGCCACCAAACGCCGCAAACUCCAACAAGCGGCGCAGCAAGCCGCCCGCCACGGCGACGACGCCCUCACCUCCGCCGACAUCGAGGGCCUCGCUUCCCUCUCGCACAAAGCGAGCAAGGAGGAGAAGAUCCGCAUGGCGCGCGGCGAGAGGGUCGAUGGCGUGCAGACGGAGAAGAAUGAUCAUCGCUCUACUACUGCAAGGAGGAAGGAGAAGAAGGCUUCGGAGGGGAAGAGUACUACUAAUCGCGAAAAGGCGAGGAAGAAGAAUUUUUUGAUGACGUUGGGGAAGGCGAAGCGCAAGGGGAAGAGAAGUUUGGUGGAGCAUCGGAAGGUGCUGAAGGCGCAUGUUGAGCGGGGGAAGAAGGGUGGGAGGAGGGGGAAUAAGUAAUCCAUAAAUCGUAGCUGAAGCUAACGACUUGCUCGUCCCUAAUUCUGCUGA